CUUAAUACGACGACCUGACCGUGUAUAUAAGCUGAAUCCGUCGUAAACCAAAGUAUCACUCAGCUUCCAUCACUUCUUCCUUCCUCAUCUCAUUACAAAGUUUUUCUUUGCUCAAUCUUCAAAAUGCUCAAGUUGGUCCUUGUUCUCACCGUCCUCGCCUUGUUGGCCGUCGCCUAUGCCGGACACGCCGGUGGUGGUGGUGGUGGUGGUGGUCACUCCCCUCAUGGAGGAUGGGGGGGAUGGGGAAAGAAAUACCACGGAUGGGCCAACGUGAAAGCUUGGAAUGGACCAUGGUCUUCCCAGUACAGCCUUGACGAGCACGGCAGCGGAUACAACAGAUACGCAUGGCUCCAACAAGAGUUCGGCAAGGGGCACCACGGAAAGUAAGAAGUUAACAAAAACUUAGCCAGCUUAUCCAGAAGCCAGUGCGUGAAAGCAGCUUCAAUCUUACAAAAUCUAGUCUUGUUUAAAAUAUCAGAUAUUAAACAACAAAAUUGUUAAAGACACAGUUGUUAAAAUUUCGAAUUUUGACUAAUUAGUAACAAAUUGAAAAAGUUUUCACAAAAUUGUUUUAAAUUUAAGGUAACGAAACGCUUGUACAAAUAAAAGAUUCGUUUUUUAUAUAA